AUGGUUGCCUUAAUGGAGCCGGAUAAUCUUGAAGGCGAUGAAUCUACAGAGAGGAUGUCUGUUACCAAUUGUAGCUAUGCGCGUCAAAUUGAAGAAGCCCAGAAUGCCAUCUCCCAACGUAGCAUGGAACGUAACAUUCCCUAUUAUGCAGUUCCUGAUGCCUUAGUGAUUUGGAAUAUUCGUAGAAUGCGCUUGGAUCCAAUCAGAAUCCAUGGCUGGAAAACCGAACACGAGCGCAGAUUACAAAUGAGCACUUUCAACAAUCAAGGCAAUUGA